AUGAUUGAUACGCCGGUACCUGUAAACGUGAUCGUUCGUGAUCUUACAGGACGAACAGUUUACCAGGCGCAACAAGCCAGACAGUUGGAUCUUCAAAGUCUUGCUGCCGGCACUUACCUGCUGACGAUCACAGAUGUGCAGGGAUGCUGUCUGGUGGCGGAACAGCGCCGCAUAACGACCAUUGAGUGCCAUGAGCGACUGAUGAUCUCCCUGCUCGGCUACCACACCAUCAUCCAGUACAAUGAUCUGGUCAAAGGUCCAGGAGGUGAAGAUGCGGUGCGUGAUCACAAUGGUGGUCUUAUCGGCCAGGUCUAUCCGGCAAUUGAUCCAUUCAUCAUCAAACCGGAUAAAGUUUCUACCGUGUUUACUACUAAAGAAGCCGGAAAUGUAAAGUUGCAAUUGUUUGAUGUAACCGGCCGUCUCGUAGAUCAGACCAGCACUGAAACCGAAGCCGGGCAGCAUACGCUGACCACAAGCAGCCUGAAGGAAAUCCCUGCCGGUAUUUACCAAUUACAGGUCGCCAUCUGGCGGCCUUUAUUUAUUACGGCCUGUUGGCCGGCUGCUGUUUCUGUCCUGCUAUCCCGGUUGAAACCGUUUUUCGAACACCGGGCUGAGAAACUGAACGACCAGCUGAAUAGCAACUGGCUGACGGCCAUCUUCCCGUUGAUCGGCAUCGGGCUUUGCCUGCUGAUACUGAAGCAUGUAUUUAAUGGAAAGUUGCAGCGGGGCGUGGGGUUUGUCAUUGAAAGUAUCCUGGUCAACCGCAGCCAUAUUCAUAAGCGGCAUGUACUGGGGCAUAUUAUUACCAGCGCUGUUACCCUUGCAUUUGGCGGAUCGGUUGGGUUGGAAGCGCCCAUCGUUGCAACGGGCGCAGCUAUUGGUGCUAAUCUCGGUUUUGAUAUGCGCCUUUCUCAUCGCGACACAACGCUGUUGCUGGCAUGCGGGGUUGCCAGUGGUAUCGCCGCCAUCUUUAACAGCCCGAUUGCAGUGAUCGCCGUGGUAGGGCUUGAUCUGUUGAAGGGCGUGGGCAUCGGCCUGGUGAUCUCCAUUAUCUUUAUGCUUCGUCAGAACAUGCGUAUCCCAUUCUUCUAUCAGCGCAGCAGUUAUAGUAAUGGCGAGCUGAUUAAGAUGACUCUUGCCCAGGAAGUAUCAUUCCUGAAUAAGGCAAGCAUUAAGGAAACGCUGGAUAACCUGCCCAAUAACAGUGCGGUCAUCAUUGAUGCCAGCCAGACCGAGUAUAUCGAUUUUGAUGUGCUGGACCUGAUCCGUGAAUUCCAUGAUUCCAAGGCCCCGGAUAAGAAUAUUAAAGUAUCGCUUAUCGGUAAGGAAGAAACCGAGAAUGCAUUGAUAGAUCUUCACUUCCUCGGCGUGGAUAAUGUACUCGCGUUAAGAGGGGAUGCUGCGGCUAAUGAAAAAACAUUUCUCCCACAUCCCAAAGGGCAUCAUUAUGCAGCGGACCUGGUAGAACAGAUCCUCCAGCUAAACAAAGGGAAAUACCAGGAAGAUGAUAUUAUUGAUGGGGUAAAGACGGAUUUUUGCAUCGGCGUGGCCGGCUAUCCUGAAAAGCAUUUUGAAGCACCGAACCUUCAGACCGAUAUUGAUCACCUGAAGCAUAAGAUCGAGCUUGGGGCAGACUAUAUCACUACCCAGAUGUUCUUUAACAACAAACAUUUUUACGAUUAUACCGCAUCCUGCCGCGAAAGCGGUGUGACCGCUCCGAUCAUUCCGGGGCUGAAGCCAAUCACCGGGCGCCGGCAGCUUUCUGUGAUCCCCAGCACGUUUAAUGUAGAGAUCCCGAUAGACCUGUCCCGUGCACUGCAGAGCGCAAAAACAGAAGCCGCCUGCGAGCAGAUCGGUGAAGAAUGGCUGCUGAGCCAGUGCCGUGACUUAUUGAAAAACAAGGAAACCUACGACCCAAAGCACAUCGGUGCCCGUUGGGGUAGUGCCCCAUCCGGUUUUGUAGUAGAGCUUGUUAUUAGCUGUAUCUUCCCGGAGCAUCAUACUCCUGACAAUGGUCUGGGUACGCAGGGUAAAAGGCAGCUGUUCAAAAUAAAGGCGUUUCAGAAAACCAACCUCGCGGCUAUUAUCUGCAAGCCAACCAUUCCAUUUACCGAAAAACAGAAGUUUGUACUGGAUCAGUAUAUUAUGCGUGGCGGUAACCUCAUGCUUAUGGUGGAUGGGGUAGCCGGUACCAUGGACAGCCUGGUCGGUACCGAGCAAUUCCUGGCAACAGACAAUAACCUGAACCUGGAUGAUAUGCUGUUUAAAUAUGGCGUACGGGUGAACAGCAACCUGGUGGAAGACCUGCAAUGUGCUUCUAUCGGGCUGCAGGAGCGCCAGAUGAAUGGCGAGUAUGGUAACGUGUUGAAAGCCUGGUAUUAUUAUCCUGUAUUUGUGCCUACCUCUACACAUCCGAUCGUGAAAAACAUGGAUGCCAUUGUGACCAAGCUAACCAGCUCAUUGGAUACGAUCAGUAAUGACGGUAUUCAGAAAACAGUUUUACUGGAAACCUCUCAGUAUAGCCGUACCGUACAGUCGCCGGCAAGAGUAUCGCUGAGUAUGACGCGUUUUGCACCGAAGCCGGAGUUGUUCAAUAAAGGAUUCCAGCCGGUAGCCGUAUUGAUGGAAGGUAAGUUCUCCUCUGUAUUCCAGGACCGCAUCCCGGUGUCUUUCAGUGCGGUACUGGAUUCGCUGAAGCAACCUUUUAUCCCGUCGGGCCUCAAACCGAGCAAGAUCAUUGUUGUAGGAGAUGGAGACAUCAUGCUCAAUGAAGUCAGCCAGCGCAAUGGUCCGGUGGAAAUGGGUUAUUCGCCAUCAGAGGGCGUCCGUUACGGCAAUAAGACCUUUUUCCUGAACUGUAUGGAGUAUCUCACUGAUACUUCGGGAUUGCUGGAAGCCCGCUCCAAGGAUGUACGCAUCCGGCUGCUCGAUGGCGGACGUUUGAAAAAUGAAAAGGGAAAAUGGCAGAUGAUCAAUAUUAUCGGUCCGCUGCUGGAGCGUACGCCAAAGGGCUGGAUCGUCAAUGAUAAAUACAAGGUGCGCAAAGGCACUUUUGACAUGCUGAUGCAGGCCCUUCAAUACCAGGAACCGCGUACACCGGUUUCUGAGAAGAUGCAUAAUAAUAUUGUGAAAUCACUGAUGGGCGGGCAUAUUAAGGUAGAAGUUUACAAUAUAAAAGGCGAGAAGAUGCGUACCUUUUAUGUGGGUGGCGAAACCGGCAGCGGCACCGGUACCUAUAUGCUGAUGGAAGGCGGAUCGAGGCCUUAUAUUGUACAGAUACCUGGCUUUACCGGCUAUCUGACCCCGAGAUACCUGCCCGAGCUGAAAGACUGGCGCGACCGUACCGUGUUUAAUAUUGCCCCGGAAGACAUCGACCAGAUCACCGUGAAUUAUCCCAAGGAGCCGCUGAACAAUUUUGUGAUAACCCGUGCCGGGAAUGAGGUAAAGGUGACCAUCGAUCCGGCCCUUACGGUAGACAAAACGCUGAAUAAAAAACGCGCAGAAGAUUACGUCGGGUUCUUCGGCAAUAUCAAUGCGGAGCAGGUGCUCAACAAUAUUCUGGGUGUGCGCGAAAACAUCAGCAAUAUGCCGCUUAUCUGCACCAUUGAUGUAAAAGGAAAAAACGGCUACCACCAGGAUGCCGAUCUGUACUUUACCCCGCUCACCAGGCGUAGUAAAAACCUGGUUGCAAACGGAGCAGAUACAGCCAGUGGGUUCGACUCUGACCGCCUCUAUGCUGUAAUUAACGGCAAGCAGGAUACCUUCCUCGUGCAGCGGAUGAUAUUUGAUAAGCUCUUCCGGAUGGGGUAUGAGUUUUAUAUGCAGGAUGCGCCGCCGGCAGAGCCGCGUGUCAAUGUACCACAGGGGCUCAACUAG